AGGAAAAAAAGGAAGAAAAAAGGCAAAAAAAAGAAGGAAAAGAAAAAAGAAAAGAAAGAAGGGAAGGAGGAAGGAGAAAAGGAAAAAGGAAAGAGGGAACGAGAGAAAAGAAGGAAACAAAAGGAAGGGAAGGCGGAGGGGAAAAGAGGAAGAAAAGAAGAGAAAAGAGAGAAAAAAAGCUCGAGCGAGAAGGGAAAAAGAGAAGGAAGAAAAAGGCAAGAGAGGAGGGGGGGGGAAAGAAAAGAAGGGAGGAGGAAAGAGAAAAAAAAAGAGAAAAGAAAGCGGAAAGAAAGGAGGGGAAACUGAAGGCAGGAAGAAGAAAAGGGGGGGGAAAGAAGGGGGAAAAAAAGGGAAGGAGGAGAAAGAAAGGGAAGGAAGGAAAAGAAAAGGGAAAAAGACGGAAGGGGGGGAAGAAAAGUGGGGGAAAAAGAGGGAAAGGGGAAGAACAAAGGGGGGAAGGAGCGAAAGAAGGAAGGGAAAGAAAAAAAGAAAGGAAAGGGAAGAAGGGAAAAAGGGAAGCAAAAGGAGAGGAAGGAAGAAAAGAAGCAGGAGAAAGGAAGGGGAAGGGAGGGGGAGGAAAGAAGAGGAGAGCGGAAGGAGGAAACGAAAAGCAAGAACGGAAGGGAAAAAAGGGGGAAAAGAAAGGAACACGGAGAGAAGGAGGAAGGGGAGGGGGAAAAGAGAAGGGAGGAACGACAAGGGGAGAAAAGAAGGAAAGGGGAAGGAAAGAGGAAAAAGGGACAGGAAGAAAGGCGGAGGAAAGAGAAGAAAGGAGAUAAGGAAAAAGGAGCAGAGGGAGGGGGAAAAAGGAAGGGGAAGGGGAAAGAGGAAGAGGGGGAGAAGGAUUAGAAGGGCAAACGAAAGGAAGACAAGGAGAUGGAGAAGGAAAAAAACGGGGAGAAAAAAGCGAGGGGAAGGGGGAGGGGGAAGCAAAAGAAAAUGAAAAAAUAAAAAAAGGAGGAAAGGGAAAAAGGAGAGGAAAGAAAAAAGAAAGAAGACAAGGAAAAGGAAAGGGGAGAGAAGAAAAGGGGGGAAGAGGAAAAAAGAAGGAAGGAAAAAAAGAGGAAGAGAGAGAAACAAAAGAGAAGAGGGAGAGAAGAAAGUGAGAGCGCGAGAGAAAAGAGACGCAAAAACGAAGAGCGAGAAAGGAAAGAAGAAAAAGCCGAGAGCAAGGAGAAAAAGAAAGAAAAGAAAAAGAAAAAGAAGCGGACAGAAGAACGAAAAAGAAAGGGAGAAAAAAGAAGCGAGAAAAGAGAAGAACAAGAGACACAGAAAGAGAAGAAAGAGCGACAAGAGAGAGAGAAGAAAAAGAAGAGGAACGACAAGAAAAGAAGAGGACACAAGAGAGAGCGAACGCAAAG